ACGAGCCACGUCGUCUUCGGCGGCGACGACGACGAGGACGAGGUCUAUGCGGAUGACUCGUCGUCGGGCGGGUCGUCCGAGUCGGGCGGGUAAGUUGUGUUGAUGAUUCCUGUGCGCUAGCGACCUGUACAGGUAAGACACGUGCGGGGUUGCGUAUUCCGACAGUUUCCGACAGACCACCCUGGGGCGGUGGAAUUGGUAAGGCGUGGUAAGGCGUGGUGGCGUGGUAAGGCGUGGUGGCGUGGUAAGGCGGCGUGGUAAGGCGGCGUGGUGCUCGGCUCGGGAGUCGCCGCUAACGUCCAGUAACAUACUAGCAAAUCGGGGCAAGACACGCUUCGCUUGGUGUGCCGCAUUGCUCGCACACCCAUUGUCGUUACACCCCACCGACCGGCUCUGCUUCGCCGUCGCCUCGGGCGCAGCAGUCCGUCGGUGUCCAUCCCUUGCCAGAAAGCUCCGCAACAACUUGCACUCAGUGGCUGUCAGAGCUCUGCAACAUGCGCGGCGCCGCCUGGGCGCUGUGCACGGCGCACGUAGCGACGGCCCUGCUGGCGCCACCGAGCCCGGCGCCGAAACUCACUCAACGCAAAGCCGUCCUCACCGUGGGCACGCCGCUAAACUGGCCCGAUGCUCUCGACCGGUUAGCGUACGUCCGCGAACAUGGCAUCGACCAGUUCAUCGAGAUGUGGCGCCGGAGCCAGACGCUGACAAGAGACGACGACUUGCUCUGGGGCGAUGAAGUGGAGUACGCGAUCCUCCGAGUUACGGAUAAGCAAGCGAAGAUCAGUUUGCGAGGCCCGGAGAUCCGCGACGCCCUCGCGACGAAGGAGGAGGCGCAUUCGUAUCGCACGGAAGGCUGCGCCUGGCAUCCCGAGUACGGGCGGUGGAUGGUCGAGGGGACGCCGUCGCGGCCGUACGGCGGGUACGCCGCCGACCUGUGUCGGGUCGAACGGAACAUGCGCCUGCGACGGAGGAGACUACUGUCGGAGUUGGCCGAGGACGAGAUCUGCCCGACGCUCGUGACGUUUCCGGGGUUCGGCGUCGGCGACUUCGCGACGGGGUGUGCGGACCUGGCGCCGAACGGGCCCGUGGCGCGGUCUGAAUCGGUGCCGGACGCCGUCAUCCACCCCCAUCCCCGAUUCGCGACGUUAACGAAGAACAUAAGGGCGCGGCGAGGAGGAGAAAAUGUACGAGCUAGGCCGCCGCGGUUUGUGGAUACGAAGACGCCGCGCGACGCACCCACAACCAUAGAAGGCCUGGACGCCAUGGCCUACGGCAUGGGCGCCUGCUGCGUGCAAGUUACGUUCCAGGCGCGAGACUCGACAGAGGCUAGAUAUUGUUAUGACCAACUCGCGGCACUAGCUCCCGUCAUGCUCGCGUUGACGGCGGCGUCGCCGUGCUGGCGGGGCGUCCUAGCAGCUACCGAUGCGAGGUGGGACAUCAUUUCCGCGUCGGUGGACGACCGCACGCCGGCGGAAGACGGACGCGGGCUCUCCGACAGUGAUGAUAGACUAGCCGGCUCAGGUGUCAGACAACUCCCGCGAUCAAGAUAUUCCUCUAUAAGCAGAUAUGCCUUCGAGUGCGACGGCCCUGCGGGCCAGGUCCGGCGCUUCUGCGACGUCGACGCGCCGAUUGAUGAACAAGCAUAUAACAAACUCAAGGCCGCCGGCGUCGACGAAGCGUUAUCACGGCACGUGGCCCACCUCUUCGUGCGAGAUCCGUUGGUGUUGUUUGAGGGUCUGAUCGAGGAGGUAGAUGAUACCACAGCCACGGACCACUUCGACAACCUCCAGAGUACGAACUGGAACACCGUGCGACUCAAGCCGCCCACCGGUCUAGGAAUAGGCGGUAUUGAUUCCAAUCCAGCGGAACGGGAGCCGGGCUGGCGCACGGAAUUUCGGCCGAUGGAGGUGCAACUGACGGACUUUGAAAAUGCCGCGUUCUCCGUUUUUACGGUUUUGGUGACGCGAGUGAUUUUAGCGUUUGAUCUGUCGUUAUAUGUACCUCUUAGUAGAGUGGAUGCCAAUAUGCGAAGAGCACAACGCAUGAACGCAGCAACAUCGGAGAAAUUCUACUUCCGGAGGCAACUCGCCCCGAACGAAGUGAGUGAAGCGCAAAAGUUCGUCAACUGCUGCGGCGGCGACGACGAUGAUGUGUUUGAGGAGAUGACCUGCUUGGAAAUUAUCGACGGGAAGGGGGACUAUUUUCCCGGCUUGGCACCAUUAGCUUAUGCGUAUCUGGAUCACAUUGGCUGCGACGGUGAUACCCUUGCAAGGUUGUCGACGUAUAUCGAGUUAGUCCGGAAGAAGGCCUCGGGCGAGGCCGUGACGGGGGCUUCUUGGAUCAGAAAGUUUAUCACGGAACAUCCUGAGUAUCAGCAGGACUCGAUUGUCUCGCCCAAGAUCGCGCGGGAUCUGGCCGUCGCGGCGCACGACGUGGGCCUGGGGCUGCGACCGGCUCCGGAAUUGACGGGCGGUCAAGUGAUCCGGCCGAUCACGCGGUCGGGGGCCUGGGACACGCGUCUUUCCGCCGAUAAAAUCCCCACCAAGGAAGAACGGCGGGAAUUGCUCGCUAGGUACGCGCGGCGCGGGCCCUUCCGGGGCGCCCAGGGGUAA